AUGGCCAUAGUUAUGUAUAUGCUCCUCCUCUUUGGAGGAAUCCUCCUAUCCCCUCCUCCGGCUGCUCACGCACUAACGCUGCAACUGCAAACCACAUUUGGUUGCCAAAGCUGUCUGCAACAAAACGUGAUUGUUAACGCUUUCAGAUCCAGUUCUCAAAGGGUCACCGAAUACGUACCCGACGAAGAAACCCGAUGGCAGAUCGGCCUUUUCACCAACAAGUUGGCCCAAAACUCUGCCAACUAUGCCCUCCGCGAAAGCUACAAAUUGGUCCCAGGAGGAAAAGCAGUUGCUGAGAUUGUUGAUCAAACCAUGCGGGAUGUCAAAUCGGAGAACCGAAGCAAAAACGCGAUGCCGAAGGGCGGUGGUGAUGGUGGGAAGAUUACAACUAGUUGCGGAGAUUUUGUGGCCGGCGGUGCGGCGGAAUUGGGACGCCACAAGGCGAUUCAAUCGCCAGACAGGGCGCACCGUUAG